CCGCAUUAUUGUUAUUUUAUAUUAUACUUCAUGCAUGUUUGUUGCACCUGUUAUUCUUAACUUACAUUUUCAUGUCUUUUUUUCACCAUAUGUUCUUCAUAUAUUCUAGGCUUGUCUGAAUUUCAUAGUUCGUACAUAAAAUGUUAAUCUUCAAAAUAAUGCUGGGAUUGAAGAAAACAUUUAUGUAAGGGACAUUAUCGUAUUCAGUGUCACACCCUGUUGACCUCACCAGCAGUCGUUAUCGAACACUCAGAUGGAUGAUGCUCGUACCAUCCCUUCGGAAGUAGUCACCAACUGACUCUUGAACCUGGUCAGUUGUCUACUAACCGUGCAGAAAGUAAGGACUGGAAUGCCUGGGUACCACUGUCUAACGGCCGUGGCAAGAGGUUUGAUAUUAGUAGGGUGAUGAGCGCAACAUACGGCUGGCCUUAGAUAGAUACCUGGGACUUUGGAGCCUUCUCCGCUGGUAGGAGUGCAUAGCCAGUCAUGCAUGUGCACCUAAUUAGAAACCAUUCUCAUGGUCGGUGAUGUUUGGUUGACUUGGUAAACCCGGAAAGUCUAGAAAACCAAAACGGCUACAGCACGCUACACAUUAUUUUCUGUUUUUUAAUCUUCAUUCCACGUAGUUAGUAAUUAUAGCCUCCACAGGGUUAGACAAAGUACAGCUGCUACAAUUUGUUGGUUUAGCAGAAGAGUGUUGAUGCUCUUUUAUCUGUUGUCAUGUUUUCAUAACUUAUUUCUUAAAAACGCAACAAUCUAUUUAUACUGAUGAAAUGGUGUAUAAAAGUUUAGAAAGUGUAUGGCAGCACUGUCCAGUUACUGCCUUGUCAUAUAUCACUAGAAGUGUAUUAGCCGUCGGCUCUGCUAAUAUAUUAAGCAUAUUCGAUAUAUACGAAAAGUCAAUGUUGUGUAAAUACUUAUUGAAGCGUUUCGCUGUUAUACACAGAGUGGAAGCAAUACCAGACUUGAUUUCCAAUAAUUUUAUUUUAUGUCUAUGUGGAAACCGGUUUAUCACCGUGCUCAGAUUCAAUUUAUCAUCUUCCAGUUUACUACUUACCUUUGAAGAUUACCAGUGUGAUAAUGUGAUACACUCUACAGUCUAUUCAAACGAAGUAUCAUUUUACUUACAGACUCUUACGAGUCAUGGUACAUUAAAAUUGAUCAAAUCAUCGCCAUAUAACGCUGAAAACUUCACCAAUAUAGUCAGUGCUUCAGUUCAACUUGAAACAAGUGUUUGUUACACAGGUCAAAUAGUUCAUUUCAAAUCAUCAUUAUCGUCAUCGAUUAGUAGAACUUUAGUAUUCUGUGGGUCUACAUUCGGAAAAAUCCAUAUCUAUGAUAUUUUAAACGAGGAUUCAUUAAAGUGUUCUCUGGCUCCAAGCUUAACUUUAUGUGUGCAGAAGGGUGUGAUUUUUUCUAUUGAUUUUUGUCAUUUAGCCGUUGAUGAAUCAUCAUCUACAGGAUCAUUUCGUUUAGUCUCCUGUGCUGAGGAUCGUAGUAUUGCUGUCUGGUCAGUGCCAGCUGAAUCCAUUGUGAACGCGAACAAUGUACACCACAGUCAAUCGAACAACUGGCAGUUAAUGUAUCAUUUGAAGGCAGGCAGUAUUCAUGAAGGUAGUGUGAUAUUUGAAUCUAGAAUAUGGUGUGUUCGUGUGGGUGAUUGGGGAAUAUUAGCCACUGGAGAGGAUUGUCGCAUCGUUUAUUAUCAAUGGGAGAAAAUAGCGCAGCCUUUUGUGAUGCGAAAUAUUCACCGUGGACAAAAUGUUUGGUGUUGCAGUGUUUGGAGUGAAAAUAUUGGAGAUAGUAAAUCCGUUUUUCUAGCUACUGGUGGAAAUGAUGGUGGAGUGUACGUGCGUGAACUUACCAAUUAUCCUCCUCAGUCUAAUGAAUCUGAAUGUGUAAUUCUACCAUGUCAUGAAGGCAAAUUGGAUAAUAAUACACAAAUGAUGAUGAAUUCAUUGAAAGGAGAGAUGAUCCUUGUCAAAUCUAUAUCAAAAGAUUUUGCUCAUGUUCUUUUCUUCGGCUCAAAUAGUCGUCUUUUCUUUAUAACAGAUAUAGGGCUUAUAUAUACAUAUCUUCAUAAUAAUGAUCCAGUUGUCCGACAAGUACACCCUAGGGUAAAUGAAUCGUUCAAAGCGGCUAUUAACUUGUUGAAAUUAUCAGAUUGUUCAGCGAAAUUCAACUAUUCAGACGCAAUACAAUCCGAUUUAUUUUUCAAAGGUUAUGUAACGUGUAGUACAAGUUCUAAUCGAUGUUUUGUGGUAGUGGGCAAUAUAUCUGGUUACCUUAUACUAAUCAAGAUUCUUAAAGAUCCACCUUUUAUGGAAUGGUUGGAUAUCUUAACUGUCAAUGAUAAAGUAAUGAAAAUUGUAUGGAUUAGUCCAUUGCAUAUAGUAAUUGGGUUUUCAAAUGGAGAUUCUUUGAUUCUUCCUUUGUUAGAAGCUGAAGAUAAUACACUAAAAUUCAGUCGGAUAAGGAUUACUCUUCAAAUGUCAGAUACUUCAAAGGGUAUGAAAUGGUUGAAUACAGCAUCUGAGUUGAUUUCAGUCGGUACUGCUAGUACUUGCAUAGAUGACAAUAACUCUGGGAUUCUAGUGAUUGGCACUCGUGAUGGAAGUAUUUGUUCAUACAUGAUUGAUCUUUAUUUUCAAAGCAAUAAAGUGUAUACUCCAGUAUGGCUAUCGAAAUCUUGUCAUAAACGUGGGGGUUGUACAUCGAUGCUUGUUAUCAAAGGACAAUCAAAUAUCAACCUUCUAUCUUGUGGUCGAACAUAUGGAGAAGUAAAGUAUUGGUCAUCUGAUCAUAUGACAUGGAUUGAAAAGUUGUAUCGUUCAGAUGAAGAUAAAAUUUACGCCUUGGGAUUUCAAUCAAAAUAUUUCAAAGCAAUUUCAUUACAUCAUAACUACUUGAAAGAUAAUAAUGAUCAGUUGGAUUGGUCAUUAAUCUGUCCAUUACGCUCAAAUGGUUGUUUUAUUAUCGAUUGUUCUGGUGGUAAUCAUUAUUGGGAUUGGUUUCUACCUGAUAGUAGAACAUUAACACCUAUAAACAUAAACAAAGUCAUCAAUACUUAUGAAGAUUUCUUCUAUAAUCCUAUAGAUGUUGAUAAUGAUAAAAGAAAUUUAUCAAUGACAAAUUUUACACCUUUAUUUGCAAGUAUUAAUCGUGGUAAAGUUCUACUGCAUACAGAUACAUACAAUUGUAUAUCAGUAUAUGCGUUGGAUAACCAAUAUUUUAAGCCUACUUAUUUAAGUCCAUCACUUCAUGGUCAAACAAUUAAUGCGUGUUUGCUACUGAACAAAUUUGAUGUACUCGGUGAUGAAGGUAAUUUCCAAGAGAAUUCAAAUAAUAAAGAGAAUAAAUUGUACUGCUUAGCUGGUGGAGAGGAUACAAUGCUAUCCAGUUGGAUGAUAACACUACCAGUGGUUGAAAAUGAAGAUAAAUACACAAAAGAACCAAUAUUUCAUCAUCCUUUACACCAUCGUGGUCAUAUAUCAAGUAUUCGGUGCAUAACUAUGCCUUUGAUCUACGCUGAUGAUAAUAAUUCAACUUAUCCAGUAAUUUCUAGACGCUAUAUCAUCAGCGCUGGUGGUCGUGGUCAGAUAUGUCUAUGGCGUUUAUUGUCAUCAUUAAAUGAAGCGACAGGGACAACAAAUCGAAUAGGUGCAUUCUCUGUCGGUUUCUUUGGUUCGAAAAAAAUUCGACACAAUGAAUGCUAUGUAGUUGAUAAUAACUCCGAUGAUGAUGAUGAUGAUGAUGAUGAUGCAGAUAAAGACAAUAACUGUAAUGAUAAGACAAAUUCUCAGUGUACAAAAGUCAUUGUAUCAAGUGAUCUACGUGUUAUGUCAAUGGCAUGUAUUCAAACUGUUCAACAAGAAUAUCAAAUGAAUGAUGAUUUACUGGUUAUUGCCGGUUGUUCUGAUGGAUAUGUUCGAUUAAUUCAUAUCCAAGUCCCAUCUGGAGGGGAUACUAGGUAUCCGAAGUUUUCUGAAAUUGGUCAGAUUAAGCCAACAUCAAUCACCAAUCGAUUAGACAGUUGCAUCAGUUGCUGUUUAGAUUUGACGCUUCUAUACAUUACUUCCAGUCAUAUUUGUUUUGCUGUUACAACUUCUCGUGGAGAAUUACAUGGAUGGAUUGUACGCUGGAAUCCAUUGGUCAGUUAUAAUGUUGCUGCUGAGAAAUGUAACUUUGAAGUAUAUACUUGUAAUCAUGAGAAUUGUAUUGACAAUAUAUUUGGCCUUCAUCUUGAGUGUGCUCAUCAUUGGCUUUUAAACUGUGCACCGAUUCCACCUUUUCAUGUAGAAAACCAAUUAGCCUUCAAUUGUAUAACUUUGUUGAGUACAAAGGAUAAUCUAAGCCUUAUUGAUGGAACAUCUACGAUUGUCGUAGUUGGCGCAGACGAUGGUAGUGUACGUGUGGCUGUAGUUCCUGUAACUACUAUCAAUCAAUCUUCAUCUAAUCCAUAUUGGUCUGUAUCCUGUGUAAAACAUUUUAGCAGUGUUAUCAAAUUGGCAACCUGCCCUCAUUCACAAUCAUAUAGUCAAUUCAUUUAUCAUUUUCUAAGUGUAGCUUCAGAUCAACGCUUAAUACUUUGGCGAUUGGAUACAAUUCCUGAAACAACAUCAUAUCAUUUUCAAUUAUGUCCAAUGCAGUGUAUUUUAUUAUGUGGUUUAGGUGAACCUCAUUGUUUAUCAGUAUUAUGUACAAAUCCUCGAAGUCAUCAUAUUACGAAGAAGGAAGAUGAUGAAGAUGCUCAUGCUCAUGCCCUAGUUGUUGGCACCGGUGCUUAUAUAAUUCGUGUGUUCUAG